AUUAAGAAAAAAUGAAAAUUCCAACAGUUGAUGGAUGCUGUUGUUUUGGAUUGGAAACAGCAGGAAAAAUUCUUGGAUGGCUAGGAAUUAUAUUCGGGUCGAUUACCAUAAUUUCUAUAUUGAUUGGAAUCGGAUUUUUGGCUACACUGUCAUGCGAUGAUCUUGAGGAAAGCGAUGAGUUUAAAAAGGUUACUGAAGAUUAUUCCUUGCCGGAUUGUGCAGCUCUUAAAACUGCUAUAAUAGUAGCACUUGUAAUCUUUCUGAUCAUUUGUCUCAUUUCUACAUUCAUCGAUGUUCUUCUAAUUAGAGGAAUACAGACUCGAAAUCCUGGAAAAUUGAUCCCAUCAGUCGUAUUUCAAGCAAUCGGAACAGUGUCAUCAAUUAUUCGAGAACUUUUAGCAUUUUCAAUGACUGGUGUUCUAAGAGCAGUAGUUAUAGGAGGUUUUAUGUUCUACAUAUUUCUUGUUCUUUAUUCCUUAUAUGUCAGAAUAAGAAAUGAACAACGAACAAUUCGUAAUUUCUCCAAAAUGAAGAUACCAACAGUCGAAAGAUUUUUCUGCUUGAAUUUAGAAGCAUCAGCAAAACUAAUUGGAUGGAGUGGAAUCAUAACUGGAUCAAUUGGUGCUAUUUUGGCAAUAGCUGCAACGAUAUUUGUCUGCACAUUCUCAUGUGAAGAUCUCAUUCGAUACGAAAGUUUCAGGACAUGGCUCGAACAAUUUUCAGUUCCUGAUUGUUCUGAUUUGAAGUUUGUCCUUGUGUCAUCUGCAGUAUUUUGUUUGAUUUCAAUCACCAUUAAUGGAACUUUACUCAGAGGAAUUCAGACGCUAAAUCAUGUGAAAAUCCUUCCUGCUAUUUAUCUAUUUGGAUUUGAAAUUUUAUCUUUAAUUACUUUGCAGUUUGGAUCAUAUACAGCCUUAGAAAUCUUUGGCACAUUAAUACUUGCAUUUAUUAUGAUUUAUCUUUUAAUUGCACUUUUUUCUUUAAUUCAAAAUCAUUUAGAAGUAAAUUUAAGUAUGAAAAUGACUGUUGUCAAUAGAUGUCUAUGGCUUGAGCUAGAAACAUGUGGAAAGAUUCUUGGAUGGCUUGGAAUAAUUGGUGCAAUAUUUAUGCUCCUUGUUGCAGGAGUUGCUUUAAUUAUUCUAUCAUUGAUGUCAUGCAAGGAACUUAUUCAAAUAGUUCAGGAUGAAGAUUUACAAGACUUAUUGCCAGAAAUUUCAAUCACAGAUUGUCAAAUUUUUACAGCAGUUAUUAUAGUAGCAGCAAUACUCGUCAUUAUUUAUGGCGUUGUUUCCACAAUUAUUAACACACUUCUCCUUAUUGGAAUCCAAAAGGUAUAA